AUGGAUUCAAAAAAGAAUCAAACAAACUAUUGUUCAAAAAUAACAGUAUAUCUAAAAGCAACAUGUUCAGUAUUUGCUAUGAUUCUAAUAAGUACAAUACUUUGGAUUAUCGGUUGUGAAAUAUUAUGGCAUGGAACAUGGCGAAUAGAAGAUAUUUAUCAAGCGAAAAAACAAUUUUAUAUCUAUAAAAUAAUUAUUCUAACAAUUUUUCUUGGUUUUGGAAUAAUAAUGGUUAUUAUUUCUGCAUCACUUGUUUUAUUUGGUAUACCAUUUACAGUAUUUCAUAUCGAUCAUUUAUUUAAUCGACGACGUAUAAAAAUAUCAAAUACACCGACGAUUGAAAAUAAUAAAUUACAAAAUCAAAAUUCAAAACAAGCAUUUAUAUGGGCAAUUAGUAUUUUUGUAUUAGUUAUUAUUGGUCUCGGAAUCGGAGGAAUCGGUUGUGAAGUAGUACAUUGGAGUGGAUUAAAAUUUCGAGCAUUAUUUAAAAAUAAUGUUGAAUCCGAUAAAAUUCAUUUUUAUUUAAAACAAUGUUCAUUCUUAGCCAUAAUGUUUGCUGGUUUAUUAUUAUCUUUUAUUGGAUUAUUACUUGCACCAUUUAUGCUUGCUUUUGCUGGUGUUGUUUCAUUCGAUAAGAAAAGAAGUAGUUAUCGAUUUCGUUCUCGUCGUCAUCGUCGUUAA